GGAAGUGGAAUUCUCUGACCUAGCCUGAGCCUGGUGCCGUGAAAUGUUCAAUCCAUGGAUUUUUUUCACAUCUAGGUCUAUACAUUGUGAAUCACGGGCAAAGGUAAACCCCACGCAUAUUCUAGAGGAAGUCGCGGCUCUCGUUCAAUAAUGUUACAUUGAUACAAAAAUAUCUUUUGAACGCUGGGAAGGAACAUUCUUUUGAAACUGCGAUAACGAAAACAUCUGACAUUUUCUCCGAGAGACCGGAAAGAUUACGGAGCUGGCGUAUUGGAGAGUGGGAAUUUAACAUUACACAAUCGCAAAGUCGGAGGUUGAGAAAGAGCAGGAUGAGAGAGAAUAGACGGAUUUAAAGACCAAUACACUCAAUCGCAUGCGCGAUUCCGAUUUUCAUCGACAGAAUCCAUCCUCGAUAUUAUCCCAUUGCGCGGAAGACCCAAACGAAUGCGCAUUCGGCGAAAUUGAGAAGACGACAGAACGAUGAACCCCCACUCGCCGCCGACGAGCGCAAGUAGUUACCCGAACAAACGAGUGAGACAUAGUCCCCCAGAGCCUCCUAGUACAUCUGCGGCGCUUGUCAAGAAUGAUAGUCCGAAAAUUGCAGCAGAGGAAAUUGUACCUGCGGAGCCGAUACUAGUGAAGGCUGAGGCAACUGGAGGUGGUAAGGCGGGACAGAGUAGCAGUUUUCGCAAUGUCAGCGCGUGUAACAGGUGUCGGUUGAGGAAGAAUAAAUGCGAUCAGAAUCUACCCAGUUGCGCAAGCUGCGAGAAGGCGGGGCAUAAAUGUGUGGGCUAUGAUCCUAUAACCAAGAGAGAAAUUCCUAGGAGUUAUGUGUACUAUCUCGAGACAAGAACAGCAUACCUUGAAUCCUUGCUACUACAAAACAAUAUCACGUUUGCGCCAGCCGAAGUUCUGGAACACUCCCCGAAACCAGGGACAGAUCCAGCGGCAGUAAGAACUCCUGGCAGUGAGGAUGGCAGAUCGGCAUUCAAUGGGGAUACGGCUCUUGUGCGAAAGAAAGCGCAGGAUGAGGUGACGUGGAACAAGAGGCAGGACGAAUCUGAAAAAGUGAACAAACUGAUGUCCAAUAUUGAGAGUGUUUCCGUCCAGGGAGCUUCAGACAAGAGAUACUUGGGUUCAACAUCCGGCAUAUCCUUUGCAAGAGUGGUGUUUGCGGCAGUGAGAUCUUCAGUUUCGGGUGCUGCUAGUGAUCAUAGUGGCGUGAGACCUUCACGACCAACAGGAAACUCGAAAGCUGCUGCACAAGGGGGGACUUCGAUGCGUGAUUCAUUCUUUGGUUUACACACAAAACCUACAAUUAAACAAGCCCCCUUCCCUAACAAAGAUGUUGGAAAGAGAUUGGUAGACUUCUAUUUCGAGCAUGCAAAUCCUCAGAUACCUAUAUUACACCGAGGAGAAUUUAUGAAAAUGUUUGAGGAGGCAUAUGCGACCGGAGACACCAAAGCUAGGACACCCCGAGAACUCUAUAUGCUCAACAUCGUGUUUGCCAUUGGCGCUGGAAUUUUCCUUGGUGAUUCGGGCGCUCGAGAAGAAGCAGAAAAGACAAUUGAUGGUGACAAAGCAAAGCGCACAUUCAGUGGGAAACAAAGUCAGCCUGAGGAAUAUCACGCCUCAGCAAUCGUUCAUCUCGAAGCAUGCCUCAGUUCUUCGGUAGAUAGAGUCGAUGGAUUCGGUGGGGGCUUGGAGGAACUCCAAGCUGUUCUGCUCCUUGCUGGGUUCGCGUUAUUGAGACCUGUGGCUCCUGGUUUGUGGUACAUUAUUGGAGUGGCGGUUCGCUUAGCAGUUGAUCUAGGUCUGCAUUAUGAAGAUGGAAAGGAUAUUGAAGUCCCCAAAUUGGAAAUACCUGGAGUAAAGAACGAAGAUGCCGAAACUGCAAGAUUACAUCGGGAGCGUACGAUGCGAGAACGAGGCCGUCGUGAAUAUAUCCGAGAUUAUAGGAGAAGAUUGUGGUGGUGCACAUACUCUUUUGAUCGACUUGUUUCCACGUGCGUUGGGAGACCAUUUGGAAUUACCGAUCAAGUGGUGACGACAGAAUUCCCUUCAUUGCUCGACGAUAAAUAUAUUACACCUGCUGGUCUGCAGGAUCCAGGAGUUGGUGGAUCAAGUUACAAGCAUGUAGCAUAUCAUUACUUCCGCCUCAGAUUGCUACAGUCUGAAAUUCUACAGGUAUUACAACAUCAACAAGCAUUGCAUGCGCGAGCGGGUGGUGCAAAUUUACGCAAUCCUUUCAUGCAUACACAACUACCAUCUCCUUUUCUGGUGAAAUUUGAUAGUUUCCGUUCUUGGCGUAUUGACAUCGACAAACGUCUUUGGGAAUGGAAAACAUCGGCUCCUACCAAACGGGAUAUGGGGGUAGAGUUCUCAGUAGACUUUUUGGAGCUCAAUUAUUGGCAAUGUGUUAUCAUGCUAUAUAGACAAAGCUUGAGCGUACCACCAAUGUUUGAAGGAGAAUUUAGCACCAGUGAAGAGGUUGAAAGUCCUAGUAUACAUAAUGUGGAGCUAAGAGAAGAUGAGGAAAGAGUAUUUUUGAAAGUUGCAGAGGCGGGGCAGAGAGUUCUGAGAUUGUAUAGACAGUUGCAUCGGGUUCGACUUGUCAAUUAUACUUUUCUGGCUACACAUCAUUUGUUCAUGGCUGGAAUCUCAUUCUUGUAUGCUAUUUGGCACUCUCAGGUUGUCAGAAGUCGUUUGACAAUGGAUGAAGUCGACUUUACAAUUUUGGCCGCAACGUCUGUCCUUGGGGAUCUGAUUGAUAAAUGUCCUCCGGCUGAAGCAUGUCGAGAUGCUUUCGACCGCAUGUCCAAAGCUACAGUUCAGAUGUGCAUGUCUACUACUGGUUUCGGUUCCGGGGCUCAGCAGGGACUUCAUUCAAGACGCCCUCAUCAUACUGGUGGGCAGCAUCAUCUACAAUCACAACCAGAUGAUUACUUCAAUGCCAAUGGUUCUCGAGUUCGAAAACCUCCACAGUCUAAUCGCCCGAAGCCUCAGUUCGACAUGGGUCUCAAUGAUCUUUUUACUCCCCAGCCACCUCCAAUUGGCACGAAAGGACAUUCCAGGGAGACCUCUGUCAAUAGUCAAUCCAGGAAUAACUUUACUAACGAAAGACCAAACUCGAAGAAUGGCACUGGCUCGAAUAAUGUAGUGAAGACAGAAUUUGAAACAUACAGAAAUGAUACCAAUUCUUCACAAAUCAACUCACCAAAUUUUGCCAUUUCACCUCCAUUCAGUAAUCUAGAUAACAACAUGAACCUCGAUCCAAACCUUUUUCCAAACCAGCAGAGUCCAGUGCAAGGGUAUACAUCAGUUCCAGGUCAGAACCAGAAUUCGGAGAUGUACCAAUAUGACCCUACCAAUGGAAACAGCGGCAACGGUAACGCCUAUAAUUUUGAUUUUCAAAAUGCACCGGGAUUAAGCUUCCUGAAUUACGCGGGUGCAGGCUUUGGUGGUGCGGAAGGAUCGGGGGGAGAUGACUGGGAUUUGAGUGGCUUUGAUAUGGGAUUUGGAGAGAACUUGGGGGAUGUAACGGCGGUGGGGGGUGGUGGACCGGGUGGUGGACCGGCGGGGAUCAAUCUACUGGAUGAGUACUUUUUUGGGACAGGAACGUAAAAUCUUGGAACUGAUGGAGCGAAUUGUUAGUCGGACCAACAAAGAUGAACAGGGAAGGACUCAUACUUUCUAACGGAACUAUGAUGAUGAAAUGGGACAUGGCGUUUUGGUAUGUGCAUGGCGGACGGUUUCUUUUUUGUUAAUUUCGCAUUCUUGUAAAAAUUCGCACCGUGGAGAUAUGUGUAAAAGCUUGGGGAAAUGAUGAAUGGGGUAUUGGGAAUAGGAAAAAAUUGGGGCAGGAGAUGAUGAAGUCAUGUCAUCAUUAUCAUGUAUAUAGAGUACGUGGUUUGUACUAUAUUCACGAAUUCACGAGUCGUUCUUUCUUGUUUUCUUUUUUUCUAGGAUGUAUUCUUAAUCUCUACAAGCAGUGAUCGAGGUGCCUUUUGGUUUGUAAAUAUCAAUAGUCUGAAUAGAGAUUUGUAUGUAUGGAUUGGUGUUUAUGAAUCUCUUUAUCUAAAUCGAAGUGCGCAACAGGUUCCCA